AUGGCAAUGAUACGAAGUCUGAAGGCGCCGGAUCGCUUUGCUGAUCUUGCAGAGCUAGUCUUAGCUACGAUAUUGAAGCAGGCGGGAGAAGCAACUAGAAUCGACUCUGUUGCUGACCCGUACCUGCAAGUGUCGAUCAAGAAUGCUGAGCGAGAGCGACGUGGCAAGGUUGGAUUUGUGGUCCAGAUAGCCCACAGCAGCUAUGCCCUCGACAAUGGGAGAAAUUCCUUUCCAAUGAUUUUCUUUCUUUUUAUUUGGACUUAUUGCAAUGAGUUCUGCAGCCCUAAGCGUUCCAGGCGUUUAGCAGCCAGACAGGUUGGGGGACCCAAACGUGGUAGAACUAACCGAAACGCUGCAGCAGAUGCUCCAGUCAGGGAGACGGACAUCACCCCUCGGGAGGACAGAACACCCCAGUUCGGGGGGCGGAAACGGGCCAGGACCAGAAUAACCCAGACCAACGACUCCGAUGUACCAGACAUCCAGUCAAACAACACCCCUCAGGAGAAGGACUCGUCGAAUGCUCAAGACGAGAUACACCAGACCCCUCAAUCCCAGGUUCAGAUCCCUGAGAGUGUGAUUCAAGAGGUGGUGCAGCGGGUAACUGCAGAGUUGUCCAAGCAGCUUCUACCCUGUCCAUCAACAUCAGCUCAACACCAGGUAGCUCAUAACAGUCGUCCAAGUGAAGUGAGUGUGGAGGAGGCUAUUGCCGCAGCACGAGCAGCUCACACCGGCCAACCUGCGAUGCAAGGUACAGGUCCUGCUGCCAUGCCAGGUAACCUCUUCUCCUCUCCCAGUUUGCCGGUAGAUGGCAGGGUAUCCGAUAAGUUGAAAGCCAAAAUUUGGCAAAAUGAAUUUGUCGAGUUUGGGCUGCUGCUGGCCAAUCCCAUCCUAGAAGGGAAAUACCAGCUUACUCUCUCAGCCUCCCAAAAUGGGUCCAUGCCAGCGUUAAACGUUGAGCCAGUCAGUAAAACCAAAAAAUAUUUAAGCAUAGAGAAUUGGUUAUCAUAUUUCCAUAUUUUUGUGGGUGUGGGUGAGACCCAUUCAGGACCUUGCCAGCCGGGGACAUGAUUGGAGGUAUUACGAUGAGAAAUUUAGGUUUUUGCGCCAGCGUCAGCCAAGUGCUCACCCCUGGCAAAACACGCACUGGGAGCUCUGGCUCCGGUCACAGUGACCUGUCCUACCUUCUUCAGCUAAACCGCAGCAGGAGGAGAGCCGGAAUUUGAGGGGGAACAGUCUUGUCAAGGGAUAUUGCUAUCGAUUUAGUAGGGGUAACCCAUGUUCAAGUGACUGUGGUUACAAACACAAGUGCCAUAAGUGUGAUGGCGAGGGGCCAGUACUUUUCGUGCCCCUAAGAGAACCUCCAAUCCGUCCCCGGCUGCAAGGCCCCAGGCUAAACCACAACAACCAAGGUCUUGGGCUACCCACUCCUGUCAGUGCUGAUAGGUUGGCCUCGUUAUUGGUAGGUUAUGAUGCUGUUAAGGUUUCUAUUCUUUUCAACGGUUUUCAUUUUGGUUUUGCUUUGCACUACGAGGGCAGUCGUGAGUCGGCAGUUUCUGGUAACUUGUUGUCCACCAAGGACAAUCCUGAGGCCGUAGAUCAAAAACUUGUAAAAGAAUUGCAAGCUGGGCGUUUAGCCGGACCUUUCGUCACUCCACCCUCACCCCUUUCAGGGUUUAGCCCCUAGGUUUGGUACCCAAGAAGUUGCCUGGGGACUGAAUGAUGGCAUUUAAUCAUUUCCAAGAUUAAGGCUGCAGGACGGGGGUGUUUCUUGACUAAAACCGACAUCAAAAAUGCCUUUAGAAUUAUUCCUAUCCGACCUCAGGAUUAUAAUUUACUUGGUAUGCAAUGGAAAGGGUUUUACUAUCAUGAUCGUUGCAUGCCCAUGGGCUGUUCUAGCUCUUGCAAAACAUUUGAGAUAUUCAGCACUGCCUUGGAGUGGAUAGCUUUGGAGAAAUUGCAAAUACCACAGGUAGUCCACCGACUAGAUGAUUUUCUUUUCAUUUCCCCAAGUCAACACUUGGAUGUCAUGUAUUUGAAUUUAAUUUUGGAUGUUUGUAAUUAUUUGGGGGUCCCAAUAGCCCCUGAAAAGACACUUGGGCCUUCCACUACAUUAUCCUUUGCUGGAAUUGAACUAGAUACUAUACUGUUUGCAGCACGGCUGCCUGUAGACAAGAUUCAGAAGUGUUUAGAUACCAUCUCUAAAUUUCUGACUAGGAGGAAAGUCAUAUUGAGGGAACUACAGUCUUUGAAUGGCCUACUGAACUUUGCAUGUUCAGUGAUGGUCCCAGGCCGUGCAUUUCUUAGGAGACUUAUCGAUUUGACAAUAGGCAUCAAUUCGCCUUUGCAUUACAUUGGGUUUAGCUUUUCAUGCCUUCUUACGAGUUGGGGAGAUAACCACCUCCUCGGGUAACAAAGGUAAUCCUCUUCUUGCUAUCCAUCAAAUACCAAAAUGGUCAAUGAACAAAAGGAAAUUGUAGCUCUUAAGCUUACCUUUGGUAAUUUUAAGCAUAGUUACAAUCAGCACCCAUUUUCAAUCGAAGUCUCGCGAAGGAAUGAUGUUUGUCCGGUACAACAUAUUAUGAAGUAUUUAUCUCUCCGGGGUAGUGGGCCAGGACCUACUUUUAUUUCUGAGGAUGCUUCUCCUGUACCUAGAUCAGAAUUUACGGACAGGCUUUCAGUUGCCAUUAAAUCAUGUGGGUUGGACCCCUCCAGAUACAAGGGCCAUAGUUUCAGAAUAGGGCUGCUUCUAAUGCUGCAGAUGCUGGCAUGUCCGAUGCGCAGAUUAGGGCCUUAGGCCGCUGGAAAUCAAAUGCAUUUCUUAAAUAUAUUCGCAUCCAAUCAAUGUCCUCAACUGUUUAGAACAAGAAGGCAACUUGCAGGGGGUGUUGUCCUUCACUCUUGGCCCUGAACUGAUUCUUUGUCUCGCAAGGGCAGCGGAGAUAACAUUUCAGGGUCAAGAGUACAUUAACAUUUUCAACUUGGUAUCUUGCUAGCAAAGGCGGCAGGUUUAAUGCUGCAUACCUUUUACGCAACUUGCAAGGGCAGUUGCCAUUCAUUCUUGGCUCUGAAGUGGGGCCUUGUCUAGCAAGGGCAGCGGGGUUCUCUAUUUCAGAGCCAAUGAUUUGUCAAUAACAGUUGGAUUAUAGUUAUAAAUAAGGUUGUUUUUUCUAAGUAUGUGCUGUUUUUCCUUUGGGUGGGGCUAGCAUCAUGUUUGUGAUGCUUUUGGCGUUUUGUUGCCCUCACCUUUACUGGGCUAAGAUAAUUGAAAAA